AUGUCAUCACUGCUGCCUGGCCUGCGGGAUGGUAAUGUAGAGGGCUCCAGCUGUGGCCUCUGCAACCCCCAGGAGGCUUUACCCCCCCCCCCCCCCCCCCCCCCCCCCUUGAGGUGUUGCCUAGUGACAACACUGCCGCUGACCAAGUCCCCCCACAGUCUCCUUAGCAUGUCAUGAGCCACCUACUGUAGCCCCUCAGUAAGACAAGCACCAUGUGUAACCCAGUGAAUAAUUUAACCAGCUAUGAUUUAUGGGCUGAAAAUGAGGAGCUCCUGAUUUAUCCCUUAUGCAUUCUUAAAACGUGCGUUACUUAAGUGAUAAUGCCCGAGAAGAUGGUGUUUGUUGGAUAUAUUGGCACGGUGUUAAAAUAAAAUAAAUAAAUAAAUAAUUGGUCAUUUAGCAGACGCUCUUAUCCAGAGCGACUUACAGGAGCAAUUAGGGUUAAAUGCCAUGCUCAAGGGCACAUCGACAGAUUUUUCUCUUAGUGGGCUCGGGGAUUAGAACCAGCGACCUUUCGGUUACUGGCACAACGCUCUUAACCACUAAGCUACCUACCGCCCGUCGAGGUUCUACAAACCGUGCCAAUAUAUCCAACAAACACCGGCUUCGAGGGCAUUAUCACUUUUAUACAACGGGUUACCAACAUAUUAAAAUAAUGAUUGACACAUUUUCAUUAACGUUAUUUUUAUCAAUUUAUUCGUACUAUUUCAUUCUUCCACAAGAUAUAGUCCCGACACAAAUCUAGGGUUGCUAGAGACGCGACCCAGUCAUUGGUUAUUUUUGUUCUGUAUCUAUGGACGCGACCCAGUCGUUCGUUCUAAAUGUUCCAUUGCCAUACUGGCUGGCAACGUUAUUAUCCCUUGCUUGCUAGCUAGCCAACUACGGCUAAUUUACAGUUAAGUCAAAGAUUUAAGACAGAAUAACAGCCAGCAAAAUAGCUGCACUUGUAUUUGUUUAAGCUGUUUUCUAGUGACAUUUAUUUGCAUACAUCCAUAACAAUGAGCUAAUGAGGCGUGAUUUCGCCUGGCAUAGAGAAUGUGCUCACUCGUCAGGACACUGUUGUUCAGAGGAGCUAGCCAACAACACAGCUACAGUAACACAAUCACUUCAAACUGAACCUGGAAAGACUGCACAUUAGCUGCGUUUCGUUUUACCUUUUUUCAAUUUAAUUUUUUUUUGUAUAUCCAUAAAAGUUAUUCCAACUGAUUCAUGAUUUCGACUGGCUGAGAAACGCUGCCUGCCUUUCUGUCUCAUUCCAGUCAGGCACUUAAUAAACUUGAUCUCCACUAUAAAAAGCAUCUAGACAUUAUCUCACAUUUUCUUAUAGACUACAUUUAAUUUUCAACAGUGGAGAUUUGUAUAAACCUUGCUGUCUGUCUCUCCGACAUUUGCAACAUUGUUUCAAUAUUCAAAUUCGAUCUCCUGCUGUCCCAUAGUAUUGAACGUGUCGGGAGUCGGGACGAGACGGAAAGGCAGGCAGCAUUUGUCAGCCAGUCGAAAUCAUGAAUCAGCUAGCAUAAUUUUUUUGGAUAUAUAAUUUUUUUUUGGAGAAAAGGUACAACGAAACGCAGCUAAUGUGCAGUCUUUCCAGGUUCAGUUUGAAGUGAUUGUGUUACUGUAGCUGUGUUGUUGGCUAGCUCCUCUGAACAACAGUGUCCUGACGAGUGAGCACAUUCUCUAUGCCAGGCGAAAUCAGGCCUCAUUAGCUCAUUGUUAUGGAUGUAUGCAAAUAAAUGUCACUAGAAAACAGCUUAAACAAAUACAAGUGCAGCUAUUUUGCUGGCUGUUAUUCUGUCUUAAAUCUUUGACUUAACUGUAAAUUAGCCGUAGUUGGCUAGCUAGCAAGCAAGGGAUAAUAACGUUGCCAGCCAGUAUGGCAAUGGAACAUUUAGAACGAACGACUGGGUCGCGUCCAUAGAUACAGAACAAAAAUAACCAACUACUGGGUCGCGUCUCUAGCAACCCUAGAUUUGUGUCGGGACUAUAUCUUGUUGAAGGAUUUAAUAGUACGAAUAAAUAGUGUUGUAUAAAAGUGAUAAUGCCCUCGAAGCCGGUGUUUGUUGGAUAUAUUGGCACGGUUUGUCGGCCCUCGACAAACCCCCGUGCCAAUAUAUCCAACAAACACCGGCUUCGAGGGCAUUAUCACUUAAAUAGACACCGGCUGGAAUGCGGUUUUAACCAAUAAGCAUUCAGGAUUAGACCCACCCGUUGUAUAAACGCUGAUAGGCUACACGCGGUGGGUGGAACGAGUGUCUUCUACAAUUUCUGUAGAGGAAUUUCUCCCCUCACUGACUCCCUGGACAGUCACUCUGUUCAGGUACAGUGCCUAGUGAAAGUAUACACAGCUCUUGCACAGUCUUCACAUUUUGCUGCCUUAAAAUGAAAUACAAAACGUGAUUUCAAUUGUUUGUCUUUUUUUUGUGUGGAUAAAUGUUGCCCUAAGAGUUGUUCAAAGUUGCUAGAAUCUUAUUCAAAAUUAUUCAGAGCUGUAAUGGCUGCCAAAGGUGCUUCCACCAAGUAUUACCUCUGGGGUGUGAAGAUGGAUACAAAAUCAAGACAUGUUUUUUAUUUUGUAUUAAUUUGCAACAUUUUCAAUAACUUUUCUUCCACUUUGAAAAUGUGGAGUAGGUUGUGAAGAUUGGUAGGAAAAUUCCCUUUUUGGAUUUAAUUUUGAAGGUCCAAUGCAGAGGUUUUUAUCUCAAUAUCAAAUCAUUUAUGGGGAACAAUUAAGUACCUUACUGUGAUUGUUUUAAAUUAAAAUGAUCAAAAAUAGCUUGUUAAAAAAAAAAGUGGGUGAGGGGAAAACAGAACAUUUGCUGUUAUUGGCAGAGAGGUUUGGAACUCCCUUAUUGAUCUGUUAAUUUACCACAUGGUGAUGUCACCAUGGAAGCCCAAAACUGCUUCCCACCAAAACAGGCUGACAUUUCAGGUGGUCUUUUCAAACAGCUCUUACACUAAAAGGGCGCUGACAUUUCAGGUGGUCUUUUCAAACAGCUCUUACACUAAAAGGGCAUUUUAGUAUAAUUUUCACAAUUUCACAGUAUUAUUCCAACCUCAGUGUGGAAAUAUAUAUAAAACAUAGGAAAAUCAUGUUUUUGACUGCACUGGGCCUUUUUAAGGUAGCAAAAUGUGAAGACUGUACAAGGGUGUGUAGACUUUCACUAGCGACUGUAUUGUUCUGUGUAAUUCAUGGAGAGGCACCAGACCAGGCUGAUGUUUCUCAGUCUGUGUGUGGGGAGCUACUCCCCUGGCCCCCUGCUCCCCAGGACAGGGAAACAGAGUGCUGGGUUCAGUGGAGACUGGAGAGGGGGCAGGGGGAAAGACGGGUCUCUGGAUUCCUCCUCCAUUCAUCCCUGAAGAGCAAUUGGAGCCAGAGCGUUUUAUGUACUGCAUGCCUGAAGAGCACCACAGCAUAGCACUGUACUACAGGAGCAUCUCUCCAGAGGGACUACUUUAUCAAAGAGAACAAGGGACUACUUUAUCAAAGAGAACCAUGCCUUUGUGUUGCUCCUGGGAACAACAGAUGAGAGCGCAGGAAUAUCACACUGUGCCAGUUUAGCUGUGUCUGUCUGACCAACUUUAUCUAGUAUCUCUGUCUCAGUGGAGAAUCUGACUGACGGAAAUUAACUGAGCUAUCUAAUCUCUGUCUCUGAACGUCUGUCUCCUCUCACCUCUCACCUCUCAGGAACCUGGUGAAGAAGUACUGUCCCAAGCGCUCCAAAGACGAUGAACCUAGGUGAGUAGAGUAGACCUAGUUUCAUUAAAUAGUUAACCUGUGAGCGGUAUCCGCUUUACACCACACACACAUGGCCUUCCCACUAGACCUGCCACCAACAAACACGGGCUGCCAUGGCAACCCAGCACUUUUAAAGGUUUAAUUGCUUCCAUAGAAUAGAGUAAGAGAGUUAGAGCUGUGAAGGAUAUCUGGCUCUGACGUAUGGUCACAGUGCUUGGCCACUCCACGGUGACAUUAUUGGCUGCUAAUGCACAGGAAUGAUCUCAAAAGAGAGGGCUGGGGGGGAGGGGGAGAGCGAUAGAGGCACAGAGAGAGAGAGACGGGGGUACAGCGAGAGAGAGAGAGGGGCACAGCGAGAGAGAAAGAGAGAGAGCGAAAGAGAGGCACAGUGAAAACAAUGUACUGAGCAAAUGUCAAAUUGGCUUUUUGCCAAAUUACCGUACGACAGACCACGUAUUCACCCUGCACACCCUAAUUGACAAACAAACAAACCAAAACAAAGGCAAAGUCUUCUCAUGCUUUGUUGAUUUCAAAAGCUUUUGACUCAAUUUGGCAUGAGGGUCUGCUAUACAAAUUGAUGGAAAGUGGGGUUGGGGGAAAAAUAUACGACAUUAUAAAAUCCAUGUACACAAACAACAAGUGUGCGGUUAAAUUGGGCAAAAAACACACACAUUUCUUUCCACAGGGCUGUGGGGUGAGACAGGGAUGCAGUUUAAGCCCCACCCUCUUCAACAUAUACAGUGAGGGAAAAAAGUAUUUGAUCCCCUGCUGAUUUUAUACAUUUGCCCACUGACAAAGAAAUGAUCAGUCUAUAAUUUUAAUAGUAGGUUUAUUUGAACAGUGAGAGACAGAAUAACAACAAAAGAAUCCAGAAAAACGCAUGUCAAAAAUGUUAUAAAUUGAUUUGCAUUUUAAUGAGGGAAAUAAGUAUUUGACCCCCUCUCAAUCAGAAAGAUUUCUGGCUCCCAGGUAUCUUUUAUACAGGUAACGAGCUGAGAUUAGGAGCUCUCCCUUUAAGAGUGUGCUCCUAAUCUCAGCUCGUUACCUGUAUAAAAGACACCUGUCCACAAAAGCAAUCAAUCAAUCAGAUUCCAAAAUCUGCACCAUGGCCAAGACCAAAGAGCUCUCCAAGGAUGUCAGGGACAAGAUUGUAGACCUACACAAGGCUGGAAUGGGCUACAAGACCAUCGCCAAGCAGCUUGGUGAGAAGGUGACAACAGUUGGUGCGAUUAUUCGCAAAUGGAAGAAACACAAAAUAACUGUCAAUGUCCCUCUGCCUGGGGCUCCAUGCAAGAUCUCACCUCGUGGAGUUGCAAGGAUCAUCAGAACGGUGAGGAAUCAGCCCAGAACUACACGGGAGGAUCUUGUCAAUGAUCUCAAGGCAGCUGGGACCAUAGUCACCAAGAAAACAAUUGGUAACACACUACGCCGUGAAGGACCGAAAUCCUGCAACGCCCGCAGGGUCCCCCUGCUCAAGAAAGCACAUAUACAGCCCCGUCUGAAGUUUGCCAAUGAACAUCUGAAUGAUUCAGAGGAGAACUGGGUGAAAGUGUUGUGGUCAGAUGAGACCAAAAUCGAGCUCUUUGGCAUCAACUCAACUCGCUGUGUUUGGAGGAGGAGGAAUGCUGCCUAUGACCCCAAGAACACCAUCCCCACCGUCAAACAUGGAGGUGGAAACAUUAUGCUUUGGGGGUGUUUUUCUGCUAAGGGGACAGGACAACUUCACCGCAUCAAAGGGACGAUGGACGGGGCCAUGUACCGUCAAAUCUUGGGUAAAAACCUCCUUCCCUCAGCCAGGGCAUUGAAAAUGGGUCAUGGAUGGGUAUUCCAGCAUGACAAUGACCCAAAACACACGGCCAAGGCAACAAAGGAGUGGCUCAAGAAGAAGCACAUUAAGGUCCUGGAGUGGCCUAGCCAUUCUCCAGACCUUAAUCCUAUAGAAAAUCUGUGGAGUGAGCUGAAGGUUCGAGUUGCCAAACGUCAGCCUCGAAACCUUAAUGACUUGGAGAAGAUCUGCAAAGAGUAGUGGGACAAAAUCCCUCCUGAGAUGUGUGCAAACCUGGUGGCCAACUACAAGAAACGUCUGACCUCUGUGAUUUCCAACAAGGGUUUUGCCACCAAGUACUAAGUCAUGUUUUGCAGAGGGGUGAAAUACUUAUUUUCCCUCAUUAAAAUGCAAAUUAAUGUAUACAAUUUUUGACAUGCGCUUUUCUGGAUUUUUUUGUAGUUAUUCUGUCUCUCACUGUUCAAAUAAACCUGCCAUUAAAAUUAUAGACUGAUCAUGUCUUUGUCAGUGGGAAAACGUACAAAAUCAGCAGGGGAUCAAAUACUUUUUUCCCUCACUGUAUAUCAACGAAUUGGCAAGGGCACUAGAACAGUCUGCAGCACCCGGCCUCACCCUACUAGAAACUGAAGUAAAAUGUCUGUUUGCUGAUGAUCUGGUGCUUCUGUCACCAACCAAGGAGGGCCUACAGCAGCACCUAGAUCUUUGUCACAGAUUCGGCCAUAACUAAUGAUGGUGUUCCAAAAAAGGUCCAGUUGCCAGGACCACAAAUACAAAUUCUAUCUAGACACCGUUGCCCUAGAGCACACAAAAAACUAUACAUACCUCGGCCUAAACAUCAGCGCCACAGGUAACCUCCACAAAGCUGUGAACGAUCUGAGAGACAAGGCAAGAAGGGCCUUCUAUGCCAUCAAAAGGAACAUAAAACUUGGCAUACCAAUUAGGAUCUGGCUAAAAAUACUUCAAUCAGUUACAGAACCCAUUACCCUUUUAUGGUUGUGAGGUCUGGGGUCCGCUCACCAACCAAUAAUUCACAAAAUGGGACAAACACCAAAUUGAGACUCUGCAUGCAGAAUUCUGCAAAAAUAUCCUCAGUGUACAACGUAUAACACCAAAUAAUGCAUGCAGAGCAGAAUUAGGCCAAUACCCGCUAAUUAUCAAAAUCCAGAAAAGAGCCGUUAAAUUCUACAACCACCUUAAAGGAAGCGAUUCCCAAACCUUCCAUUACAAAUACAUCACCUACAGAGAAAUGAAUCUGGAGAAGAGUCCCCUAAGCAAGCUGGUCCUGGGGCACUGUUCACAAACACAAACAGACCCCACAGAGCCCCAGGACAGCAACAUAAUUAGGCCCAACCAAAUCAUGAGAAAACAAAAAGAGAAUUACUUGACACAUUGGAAAGAAUUAACAAAAGAAACAGAGCAAACUAGAAUUCUAUUUGGCCCUAAACUGAGAGUAUACAGUGGCAGAAAACCUGACCACUGUAACUGACCCAAACUUAAGGAAAGCUUUGACUAUGUACAGACUCAGUGAGCAUAGCCUUGCUAUUGAGAAAGGCCGCCUUAGGCAGACUUGGCUCCCAAGAGAAGACAGGCUAUGUGCACACUGCCCACAAAAUGAGGUGGAAACUGAGCUGCACUUCCUGACCUCCUGCCAAAUGUAUGACCAUAUUAGAGACAUAUAUUUCCCUCAGAUUACACAGACCCUCAAAGAAUUCAAAAACAAACCCAAUUUUGAUAAACUCUCAUAUCUAUUGGGUGAAAUACCGCCGGGUGCCAUCACAGCAGCAAUAUUUGUGACCUGUUGCCACAAGAAAAGGGCAACCAGUGAAGAACAAACACCAUUAUAACCCAUAUUUAUGUUUAUUUAUUUUCCCUUUUGUACUUUAACUAUUUGCACAUAAUGACAUUUGAAAUGUAUUUUCUUUUAGAACUUUUGUGAGUGUAAUGUUUAUUGUUGUUUAUUAUCUAUUUCACUUGCUUUGGCAAUGUAAACAUAUGUUUCCCAAGCCAAUAAAGCCCUUAAAUUGAAUUGAAUUGAGAGAGAGGCGCAGAGAGAGAGAGAGAGAGGCGCAGAGAGAGAGAGCGAGGGAGAGGCGCAGAGAGAGGGAGAGAGAGGCGCAGAGAGAGAGAGAGAGGGAGAGGCGCAGAGAGAGAGGCGCAGAGAGGGAGAGAGAGCUGCCUUUAGCCUCACAGCACUGAUAUUUACAGGGGACAUAUUUAGGACAGGCCAUGGUUGGGACAACACCCUCUGAAUUCUCUGAAACCAUUCCCCUAAUGAAUUACAUUAUCCCUGCAUCAUUUGGCCCUGUGUCCUAACUCCUAACACUGGUGCUGUAACAGGACAGGGAGAGGAUGGGUGGAGGGAGGGAGUGGGGCCCCUGGGGCCCUCUAAGGGAUACAUAACAUAUGUCGCGGUCUCUCCUUCCGUGGUCCUUCCUCAGUGGAUGUGUGUGGGGGAUGGAGGUUUGGGAGAAUUCUAAUAAAGUAAGAUGGUAACGUCCCUAAGGCGGAGGUUGGCCUGUUUUCAAUCUCAACACAGAGGCCAGUGUUAUUGGACUUCCAGCUCCCACUAGGUAUCCUCCUCUGUCUGUGUGGUACACUCAGAGCCUAAAUCCAGACUAGUACUAUAUUAUAGAUGUGGCCUUAACCACUGCUAUCUAAGGGGUUCACAGCAUGGAUCUCUCUUUCGUUCUAUCCUUACAAAGUUAUCUUGCUAAUACCCUGGUUUUCUGUACCCUAGGGCCGAGGCCAGUAUACAUGCUUAGAUUAAGUGUUAAGUACCCUGACCUGUCCUUUGUUCAGGUUCUCGUCGUGCGUGUCGUUCUACUCCAUCCUGAACGAGCUGAAUGACUAUGCGGGGCAGAGGGAGGUGGUGGCCGAGGAGAUGGGACACAAGGUGUAUGGGGAACUGAUGAGGUAUUCACAGGACCUCAAGUCAGAGAGGAAACAGGUGAGUGGCUUUACUGGUAGUGGUACACUAAUCCCUGGUAGAACGGAAUUACGGGCCUUCAUUAUGUACAGUUUGGUUAUUUUGUUUACGCUGUAGUGAGUGCGUUAUAAAUGUGUGUAUUGAGAUCCUCCUGUUCAUGUGUAUGUGUGUUGAUUUGUAUGUUUGUGUGUGUUGACUCCACAGCACCUCCAGGAGGGCAGGAAGGCCCAGCAGUAUCUGGACCAGUGUUGGAAACAGAUGGACAAUGUGAGUGUGUGAGAGGAGGGAGGGAAGGAGAGAAAGGAGGGAUAGAGGGAGGGCCACGGUAGCACAAAGGGGACAGGGAAGGCCCCUUGCAGGUUAGAGGGAGGGUGUGACACAUGGACCUCCAGCAGGGACCUGCUCCCCUCCGCCGACUGCCAGACUCCUAGUCCUGCUGGGCCACAUGCAAGAGAGGGCCAAUCUCCACUUAUCUACACAGUGCGCACAUACACACACAUACACUCACCACACAUUUAAAAUAGUGCGUACACAUAAACACACUCACACACACAGGAAGAUGCAUGCAUAAAAAAAGCAAGCGGGCGAGCACACACACACACUUUACGAGAGGAGCAUUCCUGCAUUUCAGGCCUUUUCAGUAUGCGAGGCUGGAUCAUUUUUGCAGCUUGUAUGAUUGCAGCCAGCUACAGCUUAAUCUCACAUUGAGAAUGGCAGUGUUGUAAUGCCUUAGGUAUUCCUCUUUGUCACAUAAUGCAACACAGAUGUUCUGGCAGGAGGAAAGCAUAUAUGCAUUUUUUGGGGGUUUUGUUAUCACUACUGCCUGUUAAUUUACCAUGUACAUAGUGCUACUAUCCUAACUAUGGCCUGUAGAGAUAGAACCGGGUUGCAGGAUUGACUAUUGCUUUUGAGAAGAAGUCAAUAUGUCUUGACUAGUAAUCUCAAUCUCCCAUUUGACUUUCUUAGAGCAAAAAGAAGUUUGAGCGGGAGUGCAAGGAGGCAGAGAAAUCACAGAUGAACUACGACCGGUUAGACAACGACAUCAACGCCACCAAGUCAGAGGUAGAAAAGGUAAGUCUUGACCUGGCUUGAGCCAUGACAUGUACACUACCUACACCCAUACACCUCGGAGGUUGUCAUUUGCUGUGUAAAUUGAGUGGUCCUGAAUUCUCCCUCUUGUCCAUUGCAGGCAAAGUCCCAGUUGUACCUGCGCACACACUCUGCAGACGAGAGUAAGAAUGAGUACGCUGCUCAGCUGCAGAACUUUAACGGGGAGCAGUGGAAACAUUUCAACGUGGCCAUUCCACAGAUAUUCAAGGUAAGCCACAGCCAGCCAUUCUCCUCCAGGCUCCAACUUCUGUCUCAUCCCCGAUUGGCAUGACAGAUAUCUUUGCUGUGAUUGCCUAACAGGAAAUCAAAAGGUCAGAGGUCAUUGUGUGUUUUCCGACCUCUCCAGAACCUGCAGGACAUGGACGAGAGGCGGACAGUGAAGCUGGGAGAGACGUACCGGAGCUUUGCCGACGUGGAGCGCAGAGUCGUCCCCAUCAUCGCCAAGUGUCUGGAGGGCAUGGUGACUGCUGCCAAGGCUGUGGACCAACGCAAGGUGGGUCUGGAGAAAGGUGCUAUAUAGCAUAGUGCCCUAUAGUUUGGGGCAGGGUGUGCACAAGACUAUCCUUUAGCACAGGGCACGGAGCGGAGGCAGCACGUGGCAUGGGUGGAGCAGGACCAGGACCAAUAGUUAGUCAUCCACCCAGCAGCCAGGCCAGCGGUGAGGCAAUUGCUCCCUGGGCUCUAUUAAAGCCAGCCUCGGGCAUCAGCCUCCUCCAGUGUUUAUGUGGCUGGCUGGUACUGGCAGGCAGAACCUCCUCUCUCCUCCUCACCCACAGGACUACAUACAGCCUGGCUGUUGCUGCUGUUGGAAGCAGCUGAGCAGAGCUGCUCCCAACUCUGUGUGACAUGUUUUCAUUUGAUUCUUAUUGAUGCACACAACGCGUGGUUUCCACCAGGGGCUGUACUGUACACUGUGGACAUGGUGUCCCAGAAAACAUCAUUUUAAAGAAAUGUCAGUCUGUAAUGUUUGAUGUUCACUAUCAUACAGUCUCACUCUCUUUCUCUCGUGUCUCUUACAGGACUCAGCGAUUGUAGUGGAGUCGUUUAAGUCAGGCUUUGAGCCUCCGGGGGACUACCCAUUUGAGGACUACAGUCAGAACCUCUCCCGGACGGGCUCAGACAACACCAUCAGCACCCCCAAGAACGAGGUGGGGGUCAAGCCAGACCCCAAACACUCCAUCAGCAAGACGGCCAAGAACAAACUGUGGCUCUUUGGGAAAAAGCCCAAGGUGAGAGAUCCAUCAUCACCUAAUACUAACACAUUCUCAUUGUUUCAGUGUUAAAUAACUUUUAUUUCUCUUUCUAUGUUUUUCUAUCAUAAGAGUGCACUGGUAGGUUUAUACCACAUUCGCCUAACACCCUUUUUAUUGACUUACAGUAGCUGGGUUUUGUUACAGUCACCUAAAUCUUACAUUCAAUCACUACACUUUGACCUACCAAAGGCCAAACCGUCUGUCUGUAAAUCUAUAACAUUUUUUUCGGUUUUUGUGUUAGUGGCUCACCAUUUCAAAUGACUUGUCUAGUCCAUUGAAAGGGUUGUUGGUGCUCAUAUUGACUCUGAUUUGCCUGCUGUUGUUUUGUCAUGUCCAUUCUUGUCUCUCACCUGAGGUUCUCUCAAAUGUCAUCUUGCGUAACCUGAGUUUCUCCUGCUGAGAUUUGUUUUGUGGGAUAAUACGUUGGAUAAACACUUGUUUACCACUUAUAUAGAAACAACACCUUGAGUUUAUGUUCAAUCAUUACAAUAUGCUCCAUGUUUUGAAAGUUGGGAGGUUGAUCACCCCUUUUUUGUUGUCCCCGUCUCCCCCCUCUUCUCCUCCCCCCCACCGCCCGACCUGGCUGUCGCCAGUCACUCUGUCUACUCAAUUUGCCAGUGACCCCAUAGCUUUGUCUGUCUGAAAUGAGAACGGUCAAACCCAGGAUAGUGUCUUUCAGGGGUCUUAAACGAAGGGUAAGGCUAAGAGCAUGUCAGUGUGUUUGGGUUUGCAGUGAGUUACCUUUUUUCUCUCUCUCUCUCUCUCUCUCCCUUCUCACCUUCUCUUCUCUCUGGUUUUGAAUCAGGUAGUUUUUCACUAGUAUGUUGAAAUCACAGGAUUCAAAUGCCAUGAUUGAGUGUGUUGUGUGUUGUGUGUAGGAAGCGAUAUUGAAGCUGUAGGUGGUUUAUGGAUAGGAGGCAGUGGUGGUGACAUGUCGAUGUGACAUGAAGGUCAACUGUACCUCGUCAUGAGCCAGCCAAAAUACUGUAUGAUGGCUACACAGUCUAAUGAAUGUCACAAGGUGGUAUUCCUGUGCCAGACCAUUGAUUGUGUGUCACCCCUGUGUGUCUGUCAUUGGUUUCUGGCUGAAGGACUUGGUUUAAUUUCCUUAAUGGAUGGCUGAGGUGAUUCAUGGUGCUUCUGCAGUAAAGAGACAGACUUCCUGGAAACAACCCUCUCUCUGUGCUCUAAAUGGCAUCACAUCAUCUAAAAAUGGCUUUUAAGAUGUCAACUAGUUUUUAGUGGAAAUAAAAGUAUAUCUUGAGAACAGUGUAUUCUCCUUGGAGGAUAGCCUUUCCGAUACAUGAUACAGCACAUUAUAUGCAGCAUCAAGAUAUCCAUUCAGUCAAUUAAUAUAAAUAACACAGAUUAUGUAACAUUGUGACGAGGAUAACUUCACCCAGAUUGACACACUAAAUGUGCUCAUCAGAUUGUGCCUACCUUUGUCCUUAACAAUUUUGGGUAACUUUGUUCCCAAGAGAAAAUAGUCACAUCCUUGUGAUAGUGUGUUGCUCUGCUGUUAGUUACCAUAGUAACCUACAUGAGCCACAUACAUGUUGACAACCAUUCAAACCUUUUUUGUCUUUUCUUCUAUUGGUUUAUUUGAACCAAAACUUACACAGUGGUCAGUGAAGGUGAGUGGUGUGAUGUCUUGACUGCCAUAGCUAGUUGUGCAUAUGUGUCCCAUCUUGUGGAGUUCUAUAGCACAAGUCUAGUGUUAGAGACAGUUCUUGAGUGAGGUUUUCAAACCUAUUCUUUCCCUGGACUCUCCUAGUGUUAUUCUCUUAGGUUCUUGCUGUGAGAAGGUUUCUAGAUGAAUGACUGUCAUUGUGACUAGACAGUGUACUGAUGUGAUUUCAGGCUCCAUCACUGGAGGACUUCAGCCAUCUGCCUCCAGAACAGAGACGCAAGAGGCUCCAGGCUAGGAUAGACGAGCUCAGCAAAGAACUACAGAAAGAAGUGGACCAAAGGUAGGCCAUGGGAACACUUUAACACUGCAUUCUGUCUUUUAUAUUGUCCAUGUUUCUGCUCCGUUAGUAUUUCAGUGUCAUUUGUUAAGUUGUUUAUGUACAAUGUGUUCACAUUGUGACUGUGUCUGUGUAUCCAGAGAUGCACUGAACAAGAUGAAGGAUGUCUAUGAGAAGAACCCUCAGAUGGGCGACCCCCAGAGUCUCCAGCCCAAGAUCUCAGAGACCAUGUGCAACAUGGAGAAACUGCGCUCCGAGAUCCACAAGAAUGAGGUAUGUCUUCCCAGCCAAGAGCCCUGGAGCCCCAGCCAGAGAGAGGAGGGGAAUGGAGGGGAGCCUUCACAGCACAUCUGGAGACAUAGUGACGGGGCUGAGGAUUACUGUGCUGAGUUAUCCCCCUCUGGAGGAUGACUAUAUGCACUGCUUCUCUUUGUCAACAGCACACUGGGUAGAACAGGAUAUGACUGCCAGAGGAUGUGAGCUGAGCGGAGUGUGCCCAAUUUGACUGGAGCACGGAACGAGAUUCCCAAAGGCUGGAGCGUCGGCCUUCUCGCCCGCUCCAGUAGCGCUCACUUCAACAGCUCAGGGCAUGCCCGGCCCAGCAUGCAUUUGUAGUCUACUUGUGUGGUGCUAUAGCCCCUUGCUUUAGCUACUGUCAUGGAGUUUGCUAAAUAUUUUCAUAAAGAAACUGAUAAAACACACAUGUGCUAAAUCAAGGUGACUUACAACGAUGAGGACCAAGCGCAAGAGAGGAAGUGUGGUGAUGUAGUGUCCAUAACUAAAUAAUCAUUGUGGAAUCUGAAAAGACACGUAUCCCGAAAGCAUGAUGGUGUACUUACUACAUGCACAUGCUAAAAUAAAGGAACGAGGUGGGUAGAUAACUGUGUCAUUGUAGCAAUGUAUUUAUAAACUAAAAAUCAGAUCUCUUAAACGUUUUGUUCAUUUUUGUUCUAUUACAGUGGGGGAAAAAGGUAUUUAGUCAGCCACCAAUUGUGCAAGUUCUCCCACUUAAAAAGAUGAGAGAGGCCUGUAAUUUUCAUCAUAGGUACAAGUCAACUAUGACAGACAAAUUGUGGAAAAAAAAUCCAGAAAAUCACAUUGUAGGAUUUUUAAUGAAUUUAUUUGCAAAUUAUGGUGGAAAAUAAGUAUUUGGUCACCUACAAACAAGCAAGAUUUCUGGCUCUCACAGACCUGUAACUUCUUCUUUAAGAGGCUCCUCUGUCCUCCACUCGUUACCUGUAUUAAUGGCACCUGUUUGAACUUGUUAUCAGUAUAAAAGACACCUGUCCACAACCUCAAACAGUCACACUCCAAACUCCACUAUGGCCAAGACCAAAGAGCUGUCAAAGGACACCAGAAACAAAAUUGUAGACCUGCACCAGGCUGGGAAGACUGAAUCUGCAAUAGGUAAGCAGCUUGGUUUGAAGAAAUCAACUGUGGGAGCAAUUAUUAGGAAAUGGAAGACAUACAAAACCACUGAUAAUCUCCCUCGAUCUGGGGCUCCACGCAAGAUCUCACCCCGUGGGGUCAAAAUGAUCACAAGAACGGUGAGCAAAAAUCCUAGAACCACACGGGGGGACCUAGUGAAUGACCUGCAGAGAGCUGGGACCAAAGUAACAAAGCCUACCAUCAGUAACACACUACGCCGCCAGGGACUCAAAUCCUGCAGUGCCAGACGUGUCCCCCUGCUUAAGCCAGUACAUGUCCAGGCCCGUCUGAAGUUUGCUAGAGUGCAUUUGGAUGAUCCAGAAGAGGAUUGGGAGAAUGUCAUAUGGUCAGAUGAAACCAAAAUAUAACUUUUUGGUAAAAACUCAACUCGUCGUGUUUGGAGGACAAAGAAUGCUGAGUUGCAUCCAAAGAACACCAUACCUACUGUGACGCAUGGGGGUGGAAACAUCAUGCUUUGGGGCUGUUUUUCUGCAAAGGGACCAGGACGACUGAUCCGUCUAAAGGAAAGAAUGAAUGGGGCCAUGUAUCGUGAGAUUUUGAGUGAAAACCUCCUUCCAUCAGCAAGGGCAUUGAAGAUGAAACGUGGCUGGGUCUUUCAGCAUGACAAUGAUCCCAAACACACCGCCCGGGCAACGAAGGAGUGGCUUCGUAAGAAGCAUUUCAAGGUCCUGGAGUGGCCUAGCCAGUCUCCAGAUCUCAACCCCAUAGAACAUCUUUGGAGGGAGUUGAAAGUCUGUGUUGCCCAGCGACAGCCCCAAAACAUCACUGCUCUAGAGGAGAUCUGCAUGGAGGAAUGGGCCAAAAUACCAGCAACAGUGUGUGAAAACCUUGUGAAGACUUACAGAAAACGUUUGACCUGUGUCAUUGCCAACAAAGGGUAUAUAACAAAGUAUUGAGAAACUUUUGUUAUUGACCAAAUACUUAUUUUCACCAUAAUUUGCAAAUAAAUUCAUAAAAAAUCCUACAAUGUGAUUUUCUGGAAUUUUUUUUCCUCAUUUUGUCUGUCAUAGUUGACGUGUACCUAUGAUGUAAAUUACAGGCCUCUCAUCUUUUUAAGUGGGAGAACUUGCACAAUUGGUGGCUGACUAAAUACUUUUUUUCCCCCACUGUAUCUAUACAAUAGACCAUAAUUGAUUUUGGCCCAAUAGGCCUGGCAUAUUCCCACUUUAAAGGAGCUUUCCCUUUUGAUUGGGUUAUUUUGCCUAAAAACCUUUAGACCUACCUAUAGAAAAAGAAAAAGCAACUCUGCAUCUCUGCCCAGCCUGCCAAGAGUGGCCAAAAGGGGUGUUUAGCAUCCCCAGUGGCUCUGCAAGCAUGGCAAGGAUAUCCUCCGCUGCUGGCCGGCUCUCCAGGCACCAUCGCAUGAGCCUGAAGCCACAGACUGGCCAAACUCGUGUUUCUAAAAAUAAAUUCAAAGGCACUGUAGACUAAACCUAAUAAGGCAUUUUUUGUUUAAUUUGUAUUUAAUUCUAAAUAGUCACAGCCUAUAUGCGCAAUUUAUAGACUAUAAUGAUUUAAUACAACAAACUGUUGUUUAAAUGCUGAGCCCUUUAGGUCCCUACCAGCCUAGUGUGUUGCACUCGCAAAUGCUUCACAAUGUAUUUCUUUGUAGGCUAUAACCUUGAAAUAAUUGAAAUAAUAUAGCCUAAAUAAUUACUUUUAGGCUCCCUGUCUGGCUCCUGACCUAUUAAGAUUGUUUAUAUGCUGUUUAAUAUGACAUGUAGGCUAUUUUAAAUUAUGAGCACUUCUUACAUUCACCUUUUCCUGUUUAUUAAAAUACUUUUCAUUCAAACUUAUGGUUUGGUUUCAAUACUUCAAAACCAAAUGGUAGGUCCAGGUAGUCACAAAAAUAGAUGGGUGUUGGUUAAAUUGUGAUUUUAAUGAAUGGCGCGAAUUUGGAGCAGCAUUUUUUCCCCCUGUAAGCGCGGAGAGGUUUUUAGCGGAGAGGUUGGAAAGGACGGGGAGCAACACAAGCACCGCUCCAUGAGCGAUGUGCGGGAUUUCCGACCGCUCAACUCCGCUCACAUACUCUGAUGACUGCUUAGAUCUUCAGGGGGUUGCAUCUACUACACUAUAUUGAAAGACUGGCUGAAUGAUGGCAUAUCAAGGAUAGGAAUGAGUGUAUCCAUCGUGGGGUUGUGAACAGCAGUAUGACUGUUGUAUGACUGAUUCUCCCUUAAAUUCCUUCUCUCUCUCUCUCACCUCACAUACUCAGAGCUGGCUGUCAGAGGUGGAGGGGAAAGUGAGCACCAGAGGAGACCGAAGACCCAGUUCUGAUGUCAACCAUCACGCCCCCCAUGGCAGAGAGAGGUCAGAGGGCACACAAACACACGAGGACUGGUAUAGAUACUAUAAUGCGUAGUAGAGGGAGUCAUUGUAGUGAAACGGGUGCCCAUGGGCCAUAGCGUAAGUAGACAAAAAUGCUAGAUUCACCAGAUGUCUUUGUAUAGAAAUAGAAUGCCUCACAUUCUAGUUCUGUGUGUCUUAGAAUACUUAACAUGGGUGGAGUCGUAAUUGUUUUCUGUAAACCAAGAUGAGUCAGAAGGCUCAGUCACAGUCUGACUGGAGCAGAAUCCUACAGCUUGCGACUCACAAUGAGUUCAGUGAAAAGCGUGAGCUGGCACACACCCAAAAGAGUUAGUAGAGGUGCUGACUAACGUCGAGGGAACUGUAGGCUAUAAAAAUAAAGAGUUGCACACACUAUAUACACUGAGUGUACAAAACACUGAGUGUAACUUCUUUCCAUGACAUAGACUGACCAGAUGAAAUCCAGGUGAAAGCUAUGAUCCCUUAUUGAUGUCACCUGUUGAAUCUACUUCAAUCAGUGUAGAUGAAGGGGAAGAGAUGGUUAAAGAAGGAUUUGUAAGCCUUGAGACAAUUGAGACAUGGAUUGUGUAUGUGUGCCAUUCAGAGGGUGAAUGGGCAAGAAAAAAAUGUAAACAAAACAUUUAAGUGCCUUUGAACGGGGUGUGGCAGUUUGAGUGUGCCAAGAACUGCAACGCUGCUGGGUUUUUCACACUCUACCGUUUCCUGUGUGUAUCAAGAAUGGUCCACCACCCAAAGGACAUCCAGCCAACUUGACACAACUGUGGGAAGCAACAUGGGCCAGCAUCCCUGUGGAACGCUUUCAACACCCUGACGAAUUGAGGCUGUUCUGAGGGUUAAAAGGGGGUGCAACUCAAUAUUAGGAAAGUGUUCCUAAUGUUUUGUACACUCGGUGUAUACGCUUCCGGUAAUUUAUUGGGUAAACCACCAACGUUUUGGCAUCAUAGUACCUUCUUCAGGGUUACCAUGAGUUCACCCAUCUAAACCUAAGUGGCAGAGAUGGCACUGACUCUCUCAUCCAUCCCUUCUCCUCUUCUCUCCACCCUCUCUUCUCCUCCUUCUCCUCUUCUCUCCACCCUCUCUUCUCCUCCUUCUCCUCUCUUCCUCCAGCCCUGAGGGCAGUUACACAGACGUCCCCAACCAGGAGCACCGCAGCCCCCCUCACCAGCCAGACCCCCGACAGGCCCACCAGCCAGACGAGUUUGAUGAUGAGUUUGACGAUGACGACCCGCUCCCAGUCAUUGGCCACUGCAAAGCACUCUACUCCUUUGACGGUACAGCACAGCAGAGCCAGUGGUGCUCUCUAUGCAUUUCACUGUCUCACUAUGUGUAGUGACAGUAAUAGUGGUGGGGUGGGUAUUCUGACUAGCGAUACGGACUCGAACACUGGAGCAGUAUUUAGUAUUUGCAUGAAUGUGAAUAUGAAAUGUGAUAUGUGCUAUUCCUGUACAGUGUGGUUCCUUCCCUGUGUGCUAACAGUAUGUCUCUGUUGUGCUGUGCUGUUGACCCCCAGGUCAGAACGAGGGUACGCUGUUGAUGAAGGAGAACGAGGUGCUGUACAUCAUCGAGGAGGACAAGGGUGACGGCUGGACGCGAGCCAGGAAGCAGAGCGGAGAGGAGGGCUACGUGCCCACAUCCUACGUGGAGAUCACCAUGGAGAAGAACAGCAAAGGUGCAGUCACCUACAUCUGAUCUGACCACCUGCAUGGACUCCUCCUAUAUCAUAUCCCCUCUUCCUCCUCUGGGGAGUGCUGGUCAGAACAGCAGCCCCUCCUCUUUGUUCACUGUGUGAGCUCACGACAAACAAACACACCAGACAUCCUGGUAUUGUAGUGACCUCCCUGUACAGGAGCUCUGUAUCAAUUAAUUAAGCCAUGUGUGUCUGUAGGAGGAUGUAUCCAUAGCCACGCUCUAUGGCAAGGGGACUCCUCUCCCCUUAGGGCAGAUUAUUUUAUUUAAUAUUUCAGAAGUGACUUGUUUUUAGUUCAUGUGUCUUUUGUUUUUAGAAGGAGAUGUUAUAAUGCUCUACUGGUUUUAAGAUGCCACUGGGGACUCUUACUGAUUUUACCCAUUUGUAUUGUCUAUAUAUUAUCAGCCAUCUGUUGGGAGUCUCCUAUGUUAAGUGCUCUGCUCCACCUAUUAAGACAGGAAUGCAGUUAAACAGUCCUGGUAAGGACUGGCCUGUUCUGUGCCUGUAUGACUCAUACCUCCCACUAUGAUACUAUGCUUUAAGAUAAUUGUACACUCCUUCUCUCUUUGUGUGUGUGUGUCACAACAGUGGCACCCUCUGGUGGUCAGGGCUAUAUUACACCCAGAGGAGUAGUUCUACUGUCUUCUCUCUCUCUGUCCUAGUGGUGUGGGUGGUGGUGGGUGUCAGUGCUCUGUAGCCGGGUCAGUACAGUAACUUCUCUCUCUCUCCUGUUGGACUGCAGAUUCCUGAGUGGAGCAGUGUGGCGAGGUCUUUGGUGGAGGGUACAUGCAGUUGCUGAGUGGUGGAGCUAGUGGCAGACAGGGCUUGUCUUGGGCGGGCAGAGCAGGGGAGAGGAAGGGCUUGGCAGGUGUAGAGGCAGGUUGCAUGUUUGCAUGCACACAUCCAUGGCCAUUAACAUCAUUCCAUAGCAGCAGAUAAUCCUGAGGUAGUAGCUAUGCCUCUAUAGGAGGGGAGUGUUCUUCCUAAACUGUGUCCGUCUAACCACAGCACAGAGUAACCAUCCAACUGAAACAUAACAGUAAGAAUCAGGGACCGGGGAGGGGUCUUAGAGCUAGCAGCUUACACCAUCAUCAUUUAUAAUGAGAGAAAAGCAAGUAAUGCACUACUACACUACUCCUACACUACUACUCACCUCUGUUGUAUUUCUGCUCCGCAGACAACGCCCAGCACUAACAGCCUGUCUUGUUGUUGCGUUCUCAUUCCAUUGUUGGGAAUGCCUGCCUGACUGUGCCACUCUCCUGUGGUCGCCCUACCUUAACACGCUUCAGCAUGUCUGUAACAUGAACUGUCAUUCCUUCAUACAGGACUGGCCAUGAUGAAUGCAGCGUCUUGGAUGUAACUCUGUGGUCGCUCCCGCCGCCCAUUCAUUCACUUCUAAUCUUCCUGUAUGUCUUCUUCAUUCAUCAACGUUUAGCUUUUUUGUGUGUGUCUUGUUUUUGUUCUGUGUUGAUCGAAACGAUCCUAUCAUGCUGUUGCGUGUUGAAUGUCAUCUCUGUCAUGCUGUUGUUCAGUAACUCGUGGCGCCGCAUUGUCAGUCACUCAGGUCAGUGUAGGAGUAGGACUACUCUAGUCACAGACAGGCGGCCUGCCCAUCACGGUACCGCUUCAUCCCCUCCUCCUGCUCCUCCCUGCACCAGCACCAGACAAGAGGAAGGCUGCAGGGGGGGUGCAGUGACAUCGGCGCACCAGCAGAGGGCCCUCCUCCCUCACCAGUCAGUCACCACACAGGAGCUCAGGCUCAGGCCAGGAAACCUGGAGGCUGA